AGCCCAUUGUUAUUUCUGAAUGCAGGUUGUGAAUUUAAUGUUGUUGCAGUUUAUUUAUUCAGUUAUCUUGCAUCUGUGGCUACCAGUUUUACAGGCCUAUACUGACAGAGUUUGAUAUAAUGUGACAAAGCCUUAUUUUUCUUACUUUAGACAGGAUCUUUCCAAUAAAAAGACCAGAGUAAACUGAGUGCUGAGGAAUGCACUUUAAAGAUCUCAGGGACUCAAGAUGGAGCACAUAAAACAGGAAAUGGAUUUCAACAAGAAAGAAGAGAUGCAGAAUAUGUGUGCUAUAAAAUUGAGACCAGAGCAGUGGUGUGGGGAGCACGGACGGAGACUGGAGUUGUUUUGCCAGAAAGAUGAGGCCUUUAUUUGUGUCCUUUGUGUUCCCAGACAUUCCUGCCACAGUUUUGUGCUCCUGCAUGAGACAGCCACCGUGUAUAAGAACAAACUAAAAACAGCCUUAUCAUCUCUGGAAUUAAAAGUCAAGCAUCUUAAAGAUCAGCAGAACACAACUGAGAAGGAACUCCUGGACAUGCAUGAUGAUGCUUAUAGUUUGGAACAAUACAUUACACAAGAGUUUACAAAACUGCAAGUGUUACUACAUGACUGGGAGCAAAAAUUACUACAACAGCUUAAAAACAACAAAGUGUCAGUUCUGAAACAGAAGGAAGAAAACCUUGAAUGUACAAAACAUGAUGCUGUGGUCAGCAAUGUGAACGCACCCAAUGCCAGCUUGGAGUUCAGGAAGGAAAUAACACUGACUGUGGAAGAGAUGAAAGAAAAUGCUGAAAACCUUAAAAAUGAUGCUCCUGCAACAUGUAAAUCAUUGUAUAUGUCAGAGCCUAGAAAACAGAAAACAGCUGAUUUUCUAACUGUUCCAGAAAGCUUUGAAGAUGUUGCCGUUAUGUUCUCAGAAGAAGAGUGGAAGAUGUUAAGAAAACAAGACAAGGAGCUUCACAAAGAAGUGAUGGUACAGAACUAUGAAACACUGGUUUCAGUAGGAUACAAAAUCCCACCUGAGAAAUUAUUGUUGCUGCUUAAAGAUGCUCAUAAUAAACUGUUAAAUGAUGACGUAGAGGGUAAAGACACAGAACAGAAGGAGAAUCCUGAAGAUAAGCUCAACAGUUUCAGGAGCAGAGACUGCAGUGUGUUUUGCAGUCAGCAGCCAUCACUUCGGACAUCCCAUCCUCAAGAGAGCCUACAGCAGUCUGAUGAGCCUGGGAAGGAUUACAAGAAACUUCAUCUUUCUCCUGGUUUGCAGCAUCACUUGGGUCAUAACUGGAUCAAGAGCUCUGAAUGUGACAGUGCAACACCCUCAUUGCAUCACUCUAUACAGAAAUCACAGCAGGGUUCUCAACCUGUGAACAGGUACAACAUGGUUCAUCGAAUUUCUGCCCCAGAGUUUCAUUUAGAAUGUAACUGCAGCAGCAACCCUAAGGGUAACAGUGCUCAGCAUGUUUUGGAUGCUGAAAGACUUCUUCCCCCUGUUGGACCCCAGCACCAAUCUGGACAUAAUUGCAACAAGAGGUCUGAAUGCUACACAUGGCUUAAUAAAAAGAAAAGUGCAGUAAUUUAUCAGACAUCUCACAAAGGAGAGAAAUCAUAUAAAUGCACUAAAUGCAAUAAGAAGUUUAUGUGUGAAAGUCAGCUGAAGUACCAUCAGCCAGUCCACACAAUGGGGAACACUCGCACAUGGGGAAAAACAUAUAAAUGUCCAAAAUGCAGUAAGUGUUUUACACAUAAAUAUCUACUUGGAAACCAUCAAAAAGUUCACACAGGUGCGAAGCCGUAUAAAUGUGAUGAAUGUAGUAAGUGUUUUGCAUGGAAAAAGUACCUUGUAGCCCAUCAACAAAUUCACACAGGGGAUAAACCUUAUAAAUGUGCUGAAUGUAGUAAGGGUUUUGCAUGGAAAAGGAACCUUAUAACCCAUCAACAAAUUCACACAGGUAUGAAACCGUAUAAAUGUGCUAAGUGUAGUAAGUGUUUUACAUAUAAAUAUUCCCUUGACAUCCAUAAACUAGUUCACACAGGAGAAAAACCAUAUAAAUGUGCUGAAUGUAGUAAGUGUUUUCCAUAUAAAGUGUCCCUUGACAGACAUAAAGUAGUUCACUCUGGGGAAAAACUAUAUAAAUGUGCUGAAUGUAGUAAGGGUUUUACCCAGAAACACAACCUUAUAACCCAUCAAAAAAUUCACACAGGGGAGAACCUUUAUGAAUGUGCUGAAUGUAGUAAGUGUUUUACAUAUAAAAAGUCCCUCAUCAAACAUAAACUAGUUCACACUGGGGAAAAACCAUAUAAAUGCGCUGAAUGUAGUAAGGGUUUUACCCAGAAACAAGCCCUUAUAACCCAUCAACAAAUUCACACAGGGGAGAACCCUUAUAAAUGUGCUGAAUGUAGUAAGUAUUUUACAUGUAAAAUGUCCCUCAAAAGACAUAAACUAGUUCACACUGGGGGGAAAAUGUAUAAAUGUGUUGAAUGUAGUAAGGGUUUUACCCGGAAACAUAACCUUAUAACCCAUCAAAAAAUUCACAGGGAAGGGAACACUUAUAAAUGUGCUGAAUGUAGUAAGUGUUUUACAUGUAAAAAGUCCCUUAACAGACAUAAACUAGUUCACACUGGGGAAAAGCCGUAUAAAUGUGCUGAAUGUAGUAAGGGUUUUACCCAGAAAUGUACCCUGAUAACCCAUCAAAGAAUUCACACAGGGGAUUAUCUUUAUAAAUGUGCUGAAUGUAGUAAGGGUUUUGCAUAUAAAAGGUCCCUUGACAUUCACAAACUAGUUCACACAGGGGAAAAACUGUAUAAAUGUGCUGACUGUGGCAAGUGUUUUAGCCUGAAAAUUAACCUUAAAACCCAUCAAAAAAUUCACACAGGGGAGAAACCAUAUAAAUGUGCUGAAUGUAGUAAGGGUUUUACCCAGAAACAAGCCCUUAUAACCCAUCAAAGAAUUCACACAAGGGAGAACCCUUAUAAAUGUGCUGAAUGUAGUAAGUGUUUUACAUGUAAAAUGUCCCUCAACAGACAUAAACUAGUUCACACUGGGGGCAAAAUGUAUAAAUGUGCUGAAUGUAGUAAGGGUUUUACCCGGAAAUAUAACCUUAUAGCCCACCAAAAAAUUCACAUGGGAGGGAACACUUACAAAUGUGCUGAAUGUAGUAAGUGUUUCACAUAUAAAAAGUGCCUUGACAGACAUAAACUAGUUCACACCGGGGAAAAGCCGUAUAAAUGUACUGAAUGUAGUAAGGGUUUUACCCAGAAAUGUACCCUUAUAACCCAUCAAAGAAUUCACACAGGGGAUUACCUUUAUAAAUGUGCUGAAUGUAGUAAGGGUUUUGCAUAUAAAAAGUCCCUUGACAUUCAUAAACUAGUUCACACAGGGGAAACACUGUAUAAAUGUGCUGAAUGUGGCAAGUGUUUUAGCCUGAAAAAUAACCUUAAAACCCAUCAAAAAAUUCACACAGGGGAGAAACCAUAUAAAUACAUUGAAUGUAGCAAGUGUUUUACACGGAAAAAUAGCGUUGUAACCCAUCAACAAAUUCACACAAAGGAGAAAUCAUAGUGGAGAACUGUAAAAAGGGGAGGAAUUUAAGUAUGGCAUGGAUUGACUACAAAAAAAGUACAAAG